AUGCCGAAUACGCCGAGGGGGUCUCCCUGCCGGACCUGGACCUGUUGCACGACCCUGAGGAUGAGCUGCUGUGCGCCAACCUGAUGGACCUGGUGCAGGCCACGCUGGGCAGAGCCCCGCUGGGCACCAAGCGCUGCUCCCGACUCCUCAUGCCGGCCCAGCUGCGGGCACAGGUGAGGACGGAGCUGCUGCGCCUGGCCUGCAGCGAGCCCUGUGGGCUGCGCGGGGCCCUCCUCGACCUCUGCGUGGAGCACAGCAAGGCCUGCCACGAUGUGGGGCACAUCGCUGUGGACCCCGCCGUGGUGCCCACCUUCCAGCUCACUCUGGUGCUCCGGCUGGACUCCCGCCUCUGGCCCAAGAUCCAGGGACUCUUCACCUCGGGGCCAGCUUUCACGCCGCUGAAGCUGAGCACUGGCUUCAGGGUCAUCAAGAAGAAGCUGUACAGCUCUGAGCAGCUGCUCAUAGAGGAGUGCUGA